ACCAAUCUCUCCACCCACCCUUUCUCUCUCUAAAACCUCUCUCUAAACUCCCAAACCUCAACGUCCCCAAAAACACCCACAUUUGGAAGACAUCAAAUCAUUUGAAAUCAAUAAAAGAACGCUUUCCCUUAUAAAGCCAGAAAAUAAACAAAUAAAUAAAUAAAAUUCGUAUAAAUGGCAGGAAAAAAAAAAAGAGAAAAAAGGACCCUCCCGAGAAACAGGGGAGCGGGCUCAUAUGAAGAACAUGGGAGCAAUCACUAAGAAAUUAGGGCUUUUUUCCAACCCCUUUUGUCACCAGUCAAAUACGAAUUCAAGACCUGGUCUUCUCCAUUGUAGCCCUUCACUUCCCUUAUCCAGGGUUCUCGGGGCGCUUUGGUGCGUGAUGGCGAGAAUUGCGGGUUUUAGAGUUUUUUCGCGUGGUUUGAUUGAAAGUAACUGUUGAGAUUUCCUGGCGAAUGUUUCGAACCAGUGGUAGCAGAGCUUUGGGAUAUCACUGUUCAGUGAUAACAGAGGGACUUGCCUGAUUUUUGUAUCUUUCCAAGGAAUUUCUCAUGCUCCCUUCCGCUAGGAACAGGGCUCAGUCAAGAAGUAGCAGAUCCUGGUCCUUUUCAGGUAUGGAUUAUGGGGACUCAAGAAGAAAGCCUCAUUUUGUGGGUAAAGUUCUUCUAGCUGGUUUUCUGACAGCCCUUUGUAUAUUCAUGCUGAGGCAAUCAUCUAGUUUUGAUGGCACGAAUGUGUUUUCUCGCCAUGAAGAUGGUGUAACCCAUGUCUUAGUAACCGGUGGUGCUGGUUUUAUUGGUUCGCAUGCUGCUCUUCGUCUUCUAAAGGACAAUUACCGAGUAACCAUUGUGGAUAAUCUUUCCAGGGGAAAUCUUGGUGCUGUUAUGGUGCUCCAGGAGCAAUUUCCAGAACCUGGGAGGCUCCAGUUUAUCCUCGCGGAUUUGGGAGAUGCGAAAGCUGUAGAUAAAAUAUUUUCCCAAAAUGCCUUUGAUGCGGUGAUGCACUUUGCAGCUGUGGCUUAUGUUGGAGAGAGCACACUUGAUCCUCUCAAAUAUUAUCACAAUAUUACAUCCAACACGCUUGUAGUGGUUAAGGCUAUGGCAGCACAUAAUGUGAAAACACUAAUUUAUUCCAGCACAUGUGCAACUUAUGGGGAGCCAGAGAAAAUGCCUAUUACAGAAGAAACUCCUCAGGUUCCCAUCAAUCCAUAUGGAAAAGCCAAGAAGAUGGCGGAGGAUAUCAUAUUGGAUUUCUCUAAGACAUCAGACAUGGCUGUUAUGAUAUUGAGAUAUUUCAAUGUCAUUGGAUCGGAUCCAGAGGGGAGGUUAGGGGAAGCCCCAAGACCAGAACUUCGAGAGCAUGGCCGGAUCUCGGGUGCGUGCUUUGAUGCCGCUCUUCGAAUUAUUCCUGGACUGAAGGUUAGAGGAUCGGAUUAUCAGACAGCUGAUGGUACUUGUAUAAGAGACUAUAUCGAUGUUACAGACCUUGUAGAUGCUCAUGUGAAAGCCCUAGGCAAGGCAAAACCAGGGAAAGUUGGAAUUUACAAUGUAGGCACCGGGAAAGGAAGAUCAGUGAAGGAGUUUGUUGAAGCAUGCAAGAAAGCUACAAGUAUGGACAUAAAUGUAGACUAUUUGGAGCGAAGACCUGGGGACUAUGCUGAGGUCUAUAGUGAUCCAUCAAAGAUCAACAAUGAGCUCAACUGGACUGCUCGUUACACAGAUCUCGAGGAGAGUUUAAGGGUUGCGUGGGCAUGGCAGAAGGCUCACCUCAAUGGGUAUGGUUCACCGACCGUUGUGGACUCCUGAAUUGGAAAAUGGAGCAUAAAGAGGCUGACAGGGACGGGGGAUUUUAGUUAUGUUUGAUACUUGAUUUGAUUUGGGUCAUUAUGAGAGAGAGAGGGGAAUUUGGUUCAUGGCUGACAAUUAAAUGUGGGGAGAGGAGGAUUUGAGGCAUGAAUGGGAUGAUGAUAUUAGUGUAGGAAAAGGAGCUCUGAUUUCCGUGGUGAUUGAGUAGGAUGGAGGCUUUGUUGAGCCACAGGAGGAGAUCUAUUUGAAAUUUUGAUGUAUUUAAUAGUUAGGGACUAGGCAUCAGGGUAUUUGUUAAUUUUUAUGGGACCAUGGAAUCUCAAUAAAAGCAUUUGGCAGUAUUUCAUGAAAAGAGGCUUUUUGAGA